UUCACUCAACAACUCUUUUCUUGGUCUUCCAGAUGAACCCCCAGAGUCGCGACGAGGCCCGGGGCGCCGGUGACGUGCAACCGUCGUACUCCUCGGCCGUCGAGACGCCCUUCCUCCCGGAAGACCUCAGGACGCCGGCGGGAUCGUCGGCGCCGGGCAAGGACGCCAACGAGGCCUACGAGCUGGCCGAGUACGGCUACGGCAAGAACUACGUCAAGAUCCUGAAGGUGCGCCGCGACGGGCUGCGGCACAGCAUCCGCGAGUACGAGGUCAACACGCACCUGCAGCUCGACAGCCGCGAAGACUUCCUGCAGGGCGACAACAAGCACAUCAUCGCCACUGACACGCAGAAGAACACGGUCUACGUGCUGGCCAAGAAGUUUGGGAUCAAGUCCCCCGAGGCCUUCAGCUUGUUGCUGUGCAGCCACUUCCUGUACACGUACCCCCAGGUCACCGAGGCCUCCGUCCACAUCGAGGAGUACCCCUGGACCAGAAUCAUGAGGGACGGCCAGAAGCACAACCACGCCUUCGUGAUGAGCCCCGUAGCGUACCGGUCUUGCACCGUGAGCCAGCGUAGAAACGAGGCUCCGCGCAUCCGCGGCGAGCUCCACGGCCUCCGCGUGCUCAAGACGACGCAGUCCUCCUUCCGCGACUUCGUCCAGGACGAGUACCGCACGCUGCCGGACGCCAACGACCGCAUCUUCAGCACGGUGGUGACCGCCUCCUGGCUGUACAACACGGGCAGCGUGGACUUCGACAGAGUCUGGCACACGGUCAAGGAGUGCAUCCUCGACAAGUUCGCCGGCGACCCCAAGGAGGGCAUCUUUUCCCCGUCCGUACAGAACACGCUGUACCUGGCCGCCAAGAUGGUCCUGGAUCAGGUGGACGAGAUUGAACGCGUGGAGAUGCAGAUGCCCAACAAGCACUACAACUCGCUGGACCUGUCCAAGUUCCAGUCCACCAUCAAGGGCGGCUUCGAGCACCACGAGGUGUACCAGCCGACGGACAAGCCGGCCGGCAUCAUCCACGCGCAGCUGGAGCGCAGCAACAAAGAGAUGGCCUCCCGGCCCAGGCAGGUGUUCCGCCGCAGGGCCAAGUUAUGAGUCACCCAAUUGGCUAUUCUCCCAUAAAUACAUUUCUGUCAUUGAUAUAAUGUUGUAAUUGUACCAAAUUCAACCAUUAUAAUUUUGUAUAUAUCGCUCCAUCCGAUACCCCCGGACUGAUUAUGGUGAGGACGAUUUUCUCUGUGGUUAAUGAAGAUACAAUAGGUCAGCGACCGCCGAGGCGACGACUGCUUAGGGUUAACAAAUUGAAUGUAUUAUUUUUUAUUGUUAAUUAAAAGACUCUGUACUGCCAUGUCACACGUGGAAA